CCAACGUUCAUUGAGGACUUUGGGGACAUCCCGACGCUCUUCACCAACUUGUUGAACCAAACAGCCCCAGAUGGCCCAGACGGCCUUACGGCUACCUACACCAUGGACGCUUACGCCGUUCGCGAGGGCCAGUACCCUGUCAACGUGGACGACUACAAUGCGGUUCUUCUCAGCGGGUCAGGAAAUAGCGUAUAUGAUGAAGAGGACUGGAUCAUCAAUCUUGGCAUUUAUGUUCAGGACAUUGCAGCAAACCAUCCGCUCAUCAAAUUGUUUGGUAUCUGCUUUGGGCACCAACUCAUAUCCCACGCCGUGUACGGGCAACCUGUGGUCCCUAACCCAAAAGGCUGGGAGCUUGGUCCAUUCCAUGUCGCGCUAAACGCUGUGGGCAAGGUCCUGUUCCAAGGCACCGAUUCUGGAGACAGUUUGUUUAUGGAAGAGGUGCAUCACGAUAUUGCCUUCUCAAGCGGGCUCAGUGCACGCCUCAGAGACAUACCCAAAAGCCGCAACAAGGGACGCACGUUGCAGUAUAAGCCAUUGCUGUGGGGUCACACCAACCUCACCCCUGAUCAAGGGUCAGUUUGCGGAGCGCAACAAGUCUUCCAGGAGAUAACGGCUGGCGACGGCAGUGGGCGGGUCACAUACGAGGCGGCCGACCUAUAUGCCAAGACACGUAUUUACACCAGCCAAAGCCACCCCGAGGUGACUAAAGCAAUGGAGGACGAGCUCAUUCAAGAGUGUCAGGAUUCCGGAGGUGUAAGUGUUGCGGAGGCGGACUUGGCGAGAGCUCGAAACUCGACCGACGAGCCUCUCGAUAGUAACCAGAUGGGCACGGUCAUAUGGCGGAUCCUUCUUGGGCAAAAGUGAGUAUCAAGUAGUGAAGGUUGCGGGGUCUUUCCUUUGGUUUC